AUGUUUUUCAACCCUGCUGCUGAGGAGGUGAUCGAUAUCAAUACAUGGGCCCAGACCAUCAAGAGCAACCGCGAUGAGUUCAGAAACAUUUUCGUCCGUCGCUUCACCCAUGUCAAAAAUUUAGGAUCCUAUGUUCUCCAUGAGUACCUACAUGUGAUUGUGGAGGACAAUUCCACAGAUGAAUGGGCUCGUGUGAUUGUGGAACGUCAGGCUGCUCCAUUCCGUCUACGUAAGUGGAAAGCUAAGGAUCAGGUGAUUAUUCGUCGCUGGUCGGCCUCCAAAGGUUAUAAAGAUUACGAGGACCUGGAGCCCAAUUACUUUCCUUUCAAAGCUAUGAUGAGCUCUACCAGUUCAGGCCCAAUUGUUGGGGAUAUGCCCCUACCUUUAAUAACUCGCUCCUUUCGAAAGGGAAAGUUCAGCGUGGAAAAGCUUGCGGACAUACUAGUAGUGUGCCACAAUUCGGUACCGAAUUAUAGUCCUUGGACCUUCAACUGUUACUGGUUCGCGGCAACAGUCUUUGAGUCACCCAGUGUGAUACUUGGACGCUUUGUCGAUAAUCAGUGGAAAUAUGCCGAGUGGAAAGGGAAAAUAUCGAAAAUAAUCUCCGGGGAAAGAUGGGAAAAAUGUGUACAAGAAGCUGCUGAAUCUUUCAAGAAGGUUCUUCCAAACAUUCCUGUCGGCGUCCCUGAUGGUGGUAAUCCCACAGACCAUAGAAACCCCACCGUUUCCCAGGCUGAACAACAUACACAAUAUGGCCAGGAGCUGGAGGGUUAUGCUGAUAUUUUAGUGGAUAGGCUGAGAAAUGUACAGUCCCAUACGGUCCUUGAAUAG